GUGUUGGACGUACAAGAAAUUAAAAUUCGGUGGGGAUUGCCGACGACACCGUCUUUUCCAUGUGCCGCGUAAAUUCCUCCGAAUCUUCACCGGCGAGCGGCGACAGCUGAUAUCAGACGUUAAAAUAUCGGUUAUUUUUUCCACGACGUUCGAACGUUCUGAAUUUCCAAUUCAAAUUUUAAGCCAAACAUCAAUAAUAUUAUGAUAUUAUAAUUCGUUAAUAACAAAUUAACAAAUAUUACGUUGGAAUAAGUGCAUCAUGGUACAUGGCAACAGUGACCACUGUUCUAACGUAAUUUACUUUUAAUUUUCACUGUUUUACCAAUUUAGCUGUCGUUGUUUGAAUACUUCAACGUUGUUACUUCCUGUUAAAUAUUAAAUUUGUAAUACUACAAACGACAUAGUACUGUUGGAUUCUUCGAAAUCUUUCUGUUUUCUAAUUUGCGUGUGUACAUUAAUAGCUUAGCAUUUUUAAAAUGAAUAAAGAAAGGCGCGUCGGCCGUCGCAGUGUGGUUCAAAAUCUUGUUAAACUUACUCCCGAAUACGAUAAUGAAGAAAAAGUGUCAGUUGGACCAAAAAAAGCUUUGUUUGAUGACGAUACAUUUGUUAUGAAACGUACAUUAAAGCCAUUACAUGAGAUUAACAAUUUUCAGUUUUCUUCAUCAAAAUCAAAAAGUCAUGAUAAACUUUAUACAGAAAAUACUUUUGAAAUACCAAAAUCUACAUACAUGGAUAUGUUUAAUAACCAUAAUAAAAUUCCAUUAUCUCCACCUAGUAGAAUAAAACUUCUUGAAUCAUCAAAGGGAAAAUCCCGCCAAAAGCCUUGUGAACCUGUAUUGCAAUCAAAAGAACUUUUCAACACACUAAUUGACUCACCUUGUACUAAAUAUGAAAAAGUACAGUUCAACAAUGCAUUAUCAUCUGCCUCUAAGUAUUUAUUAAACCGCCACUUAGAAUCAGUCCAACAAAACGCUGACAUAUUUAAUGUCUCAACACCUGAUGUAAAUUUGUGUCCUGUCAAUGAAAAUAAUUUUAAUAAAUUCACAACUCCAAGUUUAUUAGAUCUAAGUAUUACUCCGAAGCCAGACAUAUGUAAAUCACAUAGUCAAACUCAAACAUCAAAUCUACCUUUAGUAACUGAAGUAACAAAAAACAAAAAAAAUGAUGAGAUUUGUCAAAAUCAAACAUCAAAUAUGCCCCUAUUAGUUGAAGAAGAAAUUGAAGGAUUGAAAAACAAAGAUAUUGAUGAUAUUCGUCAAACUCAAAUAUCAAAUCUGUCUUUAUUAGUUGAAGAUAUUGAAGAACUGAAAAAAAAAGAAAUUGACGAUAUUCGCCAAACUAAAUCACAAUGUUGUGAUUUAAUGAAGACCCGGUUCAAAGAAAUUGAACUAGAAAUUGAAAAACAUUUUGGCAUUAUGGAAAAUAAAGUUAAUGAAAACUAUGAUAAAUUGAUAAAAAAAAUUCAAGAUGGAAACAAUGACAGUGUUGAAUCACAAACUUCAAUCGUUACAACAGAAACAGUGAAGGAAAAAAAUUAUACUAGAAUGACUGGUGCUUUUGGAAUUUUCAAUAAUUUAAAUAAAGAUUGCAGUUUUUUGAAAACUCCUAAGACUAAAGGCAAAACCCGGGAAGAAAUGUUAAAUAGGGGAGUUUUGACACCAUGUACAAUGUCAUUUGUUUUACAAGAACAAUUAAUGCACUUGAAUAGUAGUUCUUAAGCUUUUGACCUGUGAAUAAUCCAAAAGAUAUAACUAAUAAUUUUUAAAGAACUUAAUUUGUAAAUGUUCAUUAGUUAUUGUGACCAUUAAUUAUUUUUAUGCAACAAUUCAAAUAGGUACUAAAAAUAUGUUUAUUUUUAAUGUUAAUACUAAAUAUUUAUUUACUGUACUUAAUAUUGAUAAA